AUGCCCCCAGCCCGCCCCUGGCCCCGGCCCCGGCCGCGGCGCCGGCACCGGCCCCGGGCGUCCCGCCUCUCUCUCGCCUUAGCCCGGCUCCGGCCGAGCUGGCGCUGGCGCUUCUGGGUCGGGGAGCGCUCGGGGGCCGUUCCUGGCCCCGGGCCGAGCGCUGACGGCCGCGUCUCGCCCCCAGGGAAUGCGCACAAGGGCCCGAAGGAGCGGUACCGAGUGGGUUCGUUGCUGGGGCGCGGCGGAUUCGGCAGCGUCUUCGCAGCCACGAGGCUCUCGGACGGUGCCCCGGUGGCCAUCAAAAAGGUGCCGCGGGAUCGCAUCCGGCGCUGGGGCGAGCUGCCCGACGGUACACGUGCGCCCCUGGAGAUUGUGCUAAUGGACAGGGUGUCCUCUGGGUGUGCUGCAGUGAUUCAGCUCCUCGAGUGGCUUGAGCUGCCCGACAGCUUCUUGUUGGUGCUGGAGCGUCCGCAGCGGUGCCAGGACCUCUCGCAUUUGCUGGCAGAGCGGAGGUUCCUGCCGGAGGAGGAGGCGCGGGGCCUGUUUUGCCAGGUGCUGGAGGCCAUGCAGCACUGCAGCAGCUGCGGGGUCCUGCACAGAGACAUCAAGCCCGAGAACAUCCUGCUGGACCUGGCCACGGGGCAAGUGAAACUGAUUGACUUUGGCUGUGGCACCUUCCUCCAAGACACAGCCUACACCCGAUUUGCAGGAACCCUGUCCUACAGCCCACCAGAGUGGUUCUACCAGCGAUGCUACCACGGCCAGGCAGCAACCAUCUGGUCCCUGGGGCUCCUGCUGUACCAGCUGGUGACAGGGAAGCACCCAUUCAGGAAGGGCCAGCAGAUCGUCUGGGGGCAGAUCUUCUUCCCGCGACGGCUCUCCCAAGACACCAAGGACAACCGCAAGGAUGACAAUGUCUUCAUCCACGUGGCCAGCUGA